CAUCACUUUUUGACUCAUUUCGGCGCCCCGAGAGCAGCAGAGAAGCACCCAUGGCUGCGAGUGGCAAAGCCCUCCGAUUUGUUGGCGUGUCUGGGAGUCUCCGCAAGGCCUCGACCAACACAGGCCUCCUGCGCUACGCACAGACGGCGCUGGCCAAGGAGGGCGUUUCCCUUGAGAUGCACGACAUCAGUGGGCUGCCGAUGUUCAACCAGGACCUGGAGCCCAACGCACCCGACGUACGUAAGAUGAUGGAGGGAUGGAUGAGUGGCGGACAGGCGGCAGACAUCAGAGAACGCUGAAUGGUGCUGAGUGUGUGCAUGCAAUCAUCGCAGGCAGUUCGAGAGUUCAAGGAGGCCGUGAAAUCGGCCGACGGUGUCAUCUUCGCUUGCCCCGAGUAUGACAGACCAGGGCCGAUUCCUCUCUCUUUUGUGUAUCUGUCUGUCAUGAUACUGCAGGUACAAUUACGGUGAGCUUCACCGCCCUGACGCAUCCAUUGCCUCUCAUUCACAGGGCAGAAAGACGUGCUGUGUCCUCAUCGUUUCAUUGUCAGGUCUGAGUGGCGCUCUGAAGAAUGCCCUCGACUGGGGCUCUCGGUCAGCAGGGGCCACAUCACGUGCAUGGUGUGCUCGUCCGUCCGUCUGUGUGUCUAUGGGUUGUCUGCCGUCCUUGCUGCAGCACUCCCAACUGCUGGGACGGCAAGCCGGCGGCUGUCAUGGGGGCCGGCGGUGGCUUCGGCACCAAGAACGCACAGUGAGUGCUACACGAGAGUGCAUGCCGGCCGUUCCUUCAUCCAAUUUGCUUGAGCUGUGUGCCUAUUAUGUCCAUCUCAGAUACCAUCUCCGCGGCGUGAGAGGCGACACAGAGCAUAUGCUCGUCCAUGUGCAUGCUCACACGUCUUUUUUUUGUGUGUGUGGGUUGGGCGGUAGGUGUGUGUGUUUCUGAACGUCCAUCUGAUGAACAAGCCGGAGGUAUAUUCGACAAGUCCACUCGGUGCCACACACGUGUGCGUGUCUCUCUCUGUGUGCGCAGGUGUGCAUCAAGCGUUUUGAGAAGAAGGGCAUCUUCAGUGACGACGGCGACCUCAUUGAAGAGGAGUAUCAGAAGCGUGUCGACCAGCUGUGUGCGUCAUUCAUACAGUUCGCCAAGCGCUCUCAGUAGCUACCUGCCUGCCCGCGGUGACAGGAAAGAGCGAGAGUAGAUGAAUGACCACGAGAGAGGAGAGAAGAGAGAAAAGAAGCUCAAUCCGGGCUUCUGAGCGUUUUGGCUGCAUGAGCGGGACACGAGACUGCCUGAUUAGUGCCGGUAGCAGCGACCGAGACAGUCACGGCUGGUGAACGAGACGAAUCCAUCCAACCAUCCC